CUUGGCGAAUUGCCGAGGUGUUUACAUUUUGAGCGGAGUGAUAGAACCGGAACUCGGACUAUUACGUUCACUUUCACGUUUGUGAGAGCAGAGUUGUCACACUGGAACCGGAAAGUUCAGAGUUCUAAAUCGGACGGACUCUUUCGGAUACAGUACUAAUCCCAGUACUGUAGGACUCGGCUCGUAUUCCCGACAAUGAGAAUGGACCCCAAUACGCCUGCAGAUGAUGUCGAAUCUAGCGAGCCAGCCAGGGCCGCGCCUACCAAGAAACCAGAGCCGACCUACAUGGAGGCAUUCCCACCUCUGGUGGCGCAACCCAAGAGCGCAAACUUCCAGACGAACAUUGGCCAAUGGAACCAGAAGAUGGCUGUCAGGACGACCCAAGUCACUCAGGUGUUCAGCGUGCCACUAGAGGAGCGGCGAUACAAAGAGAUGGAGAUGGGCGAGCAGAAGUUUGGCAUGCAGAGCGAGCAGGCAAAGAAAUGCACCGACAUUAUGCAACGCACCGGUGCAGUCAUCGAGAUGAGUUUGAACAGGGACAAGAGCAUGACGUUUGUCGUGACUGGCCGCGUGGACGCCGUCAUGAAAGCUCGCAGACUCAUCAUCAGCCAACUGCAAACACAGACGGCGACGAAGAUUCAGAUUCCGCGUCAGGACGAAAGAUGUCGGAUGCUGUGGCGCAAUCCAGUCGGAACAAAGGAGGUCGACAAGGCUCGCAGCGAGAUUCAACUCAUAUCUGACGAACAGGCGAAACUUGCCUUUGAGCGCGUUCCUGUCUCCAAGAUCUACCAUCCCUUCGUCUGCGGACCACACAAUAAGAACCUUCAUGCCAUCGCAGAGCAGACGGGCGCCAAAAUCAACGUGCCGCCCCCUAGUGUCAUGAAAGACGAGAUAACGGUCGCCGGAGAGAAGGAAGGCGUGCUGAAGGCCGUCAAAAUCAUCAACGACAUCUAUGAUGAGAAGAAGAAGAAGUGUCAGACGGUGUCGAUGGCAUCGGCUAAGGCCAACGCGUGCCCUCGACAAAAUUAUUAUGAUUAUUAUUAUGGUCUUGUAAUCUUCACAUUUGCUUGCUUUGCAGUCAACCGCAUCAAGAAUGACACCGGCGUUCAGAUCAAUGUUCCGUCGGAUAAUGAGAAGAGCAACGUGAUUCGCAUCGAGGGCCCGCGCGAAGGUGUUCAGCGGGCGCGACACGAACUCAUGGAGAUGGUCGUCAAAAUGGAGAACGAGAAAAGCAGGGACGUGUUUAUUGAACAGCGCUUCCAUCGGACUGUCAUUGGCACCAAGGGUGACAAGAUCAAGGAGAUUAGAGACAAGUUCAACCAAGUGAAUAUAACAUUCCCAGAAGCGGGAAGGAAGAGUGACGUCGUGACGAUCCGAGGUGCCAAGGAAGAUGUCGACAAGUGUUUCAAGUACUUGCAGGCUCUCGCGAAGGAGCUGGUUGAGAGUAACUAUCAAAUACAAGUGCCGAUUUUCAAGCAGUUUCACAAGAACGUCAUUGGCAAAGGUGGCGCCACUAUCAAGAAGAUUCGAGAGGAGACGGAUACAAAGAUCGAUCUGCCAACAGAGAACAGCAACUCUGAUGUGAUCCUCAUCACGGGCAAGAAGGCAAACGCUGAGGUCGCGCGCGAGAAGAUCCAGGCCAUCCAGAACGAACUGGUGCAAGUGCGAGGGCCCAAGGACGAUGUGGAGAAAGCGAAGAAGCUGCUGCUAGAGCUGGCCACUGAGAAGCAGAUUCACAGUCACAUGGUCGAAGUGAAGGCGAAGCCCGAGCAUCACAAGUUUCUCAUCGGCAAGGGAGGAGCCAACAUUCGUAAGGUAAGGGAGGAGCCAACAUUCGUAAGCUCGAUGCCGGUCACAUUCGAUGGCACGUCCAACUUCUUCACUUCCGUGCCCUUCGACAACAUUGUCGAGGGAGAGAUCAGCAUCGAUCCGAGGCACCAUCGCCACUUCAUCCAGCGACAGUUCCAGGUGCUGCACGAGAUCGCUGCGGAGUACGGCGGCGUCGUCGUCAGCUUCCCGCGCGGCAGUCAGCGCAACGACCUUGUCCGGCUCAAGGGCAGUAAGGACAGCGUGGAGGGCGCGAAGAAACGCCUCGUCGAGAUUGUCACCGAGCUGGAGAACCAGGUGACCAUUGAGUGUGUGAUAGCUCAGAAGUUCCACAGGAAGGUGAUGGGGGCCAAGGGUUCAAAGUUACAGGCUGUGACUCAGGAGCACAACGUGCAUGUCAAGUUUCCCGAGAGAGAGGUGCGACAUGAGGGACCAGAGCCGCGACACGAGGGGCCAGAGCCAAGACACGAGGGGCAGGAGCCAAGACACGAGGGGCAGGAGCCACGGCACGAGGGGCAGGAGCCGCGGCACGAGGGGCAGGAGCCACGGCACGAGGGGCAGGAGCCAAGACACGAGGGGCAGGAGCCAAGUCACGAAGGGCAGGAGCCGCGGCACGAGGGGCAGGAGCCAAGGACGAGGCUAGAAGAUGGGCAGGGUGAUACCGAGGUCGAAACUCUGCCAAACGGCGACUCUCCCGCUCAAGAAACGCCACCAGAGGGCGCCGGUGAUGGUGGCGACGAAGGGAAGGCUCGUAAAUGCGACACGAUCAUCAUCACCGGUCAGAAGGAGAACUGUGAGGCGGCGAAGGAAGCGUUGCAGGCGCUCGUACCGGUCGUGAUUGACGUCUGCGUGCCGUACGACUUCCAUCGUUUCAUCAUCGGUCAGAAGGGUCAGGAGGUGCGUCGUCUCAUGGAAGAGCAUGAUGUGAACAUCGCCGUGCCGCCGGCUAACGAGAAGUGCGAGAUCAUUAAGGUGACCGGCGCACCAAAGAACGUCGAGUCCGCCAAGAUUGGGCUUGCACAGCGUGUGGAGGAGCUGGAGAAGGAUAAGGAAGACAGGCUCGCUCGCAGCUUCAAGCUGGAGUGUAAGAUUGACCCCAAGUACCAUCCGAAGAUCAUCGGUCGCCGCGGCAACGUCAUCAGUAAGAUUCGUGAAGCCCACGACGUGCAGAUACAGUUUCCCGAGCGUAACCACGAGGACCAGGAGCUGAUCAUCAUCAUGGGAUACGAAGCGAACGCGAAGGAGGCGAAGGAGGACAUUAUGAAGAUCAUACAGGAGCUG